AUGGAUAUGUCCACGCCAGAGCCCUCCUCGACAUCUUCCAACCCUCUAAAGCGUGAUCGCUCUCCCGAUGACAACGGCUUUCGGCAUGAUGACUCUACGUCCGAGGUCCCAGACCUGCCCCGGCUGUCGGGCGACGUCCUGCUCGAGACGUUCACUCACAAGUCCCUGCGCGUGGCAUGUAACGCUCGGUAUCGGGAUAACGAACGUCUGACGAUGUUAGGUCGGGAUGUUUUAGAUAUGAUCACUACCCAGCUACUCUACUUCCGCAGCCCGAGGCUCAAGGUAGACCAGAUAAUGAUGCACAAGGCGAUGCUUCUUACGGAUGACACGAUCGAUAUCUGGGCUAAGCUUUACCGACUGCGAAAUGAACUACGCUGCGAUCCUAGUUUCGUGCAUACGCUCGAAAGCCGUGAGCAAGGGCGAGCUCUAUUUCAUGCCUAUCUUGGAGCCGUGUUUGACCAACGCGGGAUCAAGACGGUGCAAGAAUGGAUUGGCGCCCUUCUCCGGUUGUCGACGAAUGUUUUCAAUGACAAUCCAGUGACAGAAUUAGGACCAGGCGGAGCCACCUCUUCGAAUACGAGUGGGUCGACGGGAAUUCAACAGCCAGCCAAACGACCCAAGGUCGAAGAGACUCCAGUCUCAUUGUCAUCCCCGCCACCACCUCCACCUCCAGGCGGACCCCCGGGAUACUAUGCAUCGUCGUCUCCGUACGGGCAUACGCCAAUGUCGCAUUACAACCCGUACAGCGUCCAGCCUGUUCCCCCUCCCGGACCACCCCCACCGCCGCCGCCUUCACCUCCCAGACUCCCUCCUCCCAACCCGCUGGCGCCUGCGCAACCAAAUCUGGCUUUCUUACCCUUGUUCAACCAGACGGCAAUACAGCGCGGGCUGACAGUCCAGUACAGCGCGGCGUUUGACGGGCCGGCGCACGCAGGAACGUGGGUUGUAUCAUGCACAGUGAACGGAAUCGAGAAGGGGAAAGGGAAGGGAUCGAGCAAGCAGCUGGCGAAGGAACAGGCUGCGCGAGAUGCGUACCACGCGAUGGGAUGGGCACCGCGUAAGUUUUAG